CCUUGAGCUAAACAUCGCUCUGGACCCACCACUCAGUGGAUGUAGAUGAACGGACAUUGUGUACUUAAAAGUCACCCAGAAGGUUUUGGGGGAAUUUUCCUCACCAGAAUUACGCAUUUGUGGAUGGAACUGUGAACGCGCAUUUAAUUACUUUGACACUUUCUCAUAAAUCGCGCGUGCUGAAUAAAAGCACGCUGACUGGGAUUUGCGCAUCUUGUCAACAUCAAGAAGGGGAGGACAGCUCUGAACAAUGUUUAACUGCAGAAGCCUCAACACUCAUUAACAAAGUUUCCAAGAAAUCCACAGGCGCACAGGGAAAGGGAAAUAUUUCCUUUGCGCGAUUCCCGUUUCCUCAGCGCACUGAGAGAGAGAGAGAGAGAGAGAGAGAGAGAGAGGGACACGGUGCAUUGUAGUAAAGGAGAGACAGAAGUUUUACUCCUGUAAACUGCGUGUAUCGGUUUGAGCUGUGAUAAUCCACGGGUCUGUGUCAAGGAUUUUAAGCGUUACAGAGAAAAUCGUUACAAAGCGACAGCAAGGUUAACAGAGGAUUAUGACACCAACUGACAGCAUCACCAGUGACUCUUAGUUCUUCCCAUCUGUUAUAAGAAUGAACGAUUUCUGCAUGGGGCCGUUACGGCUCACUGUUGUAGUUCUGCUGAGCGGUGUGUCGUUCGGAGUGGUCGAACUGGAGCCCCUCCCACAGAAUCAGCAUCGAUCUCUCAGUCCCCGUCUUCCUGUACAGAACAUCACCCUGGCAGUCAUUUUGCCACUACACAACACGGAGUACCCCUGGGCGUGGUCCCGGGUUGGCCCUGCCUUGCAUUGGGCUCUGGAGAAGGUGAAUUCUGACCCUAACCGUCUGCCUGGGUACCACCUACAACUGGUGUUCAACAGCAGCGAGAACAAGGAGGGAGUGUGCUCAGACUAUGUGGCUCCUCUCGUGGCUAUGGACAUGAAGUUCUCAUAUAACCCCUGGGCUUUCAUCGGGCCCGGAUGCGACUACUCCGCCUCAUCCGUGGCCCGUUUCACCACACACUGGGAUGUUCCCAUGAUCACUGCAGGGGCGAGAGCGCUGGGCUUUAAUCUGUACUCAUCCAUCACCAACAUCGGUCCCACGCACAAGAAACUGGGCGAGUUUGUGGCGAGGAUGCACAGACACUUCGGGUGGCACAAACAUGCCAUGCUUAUGUAUAGUGAUAAUAAGAAAGAUGACCGCCCGUGCUACUUUGCCGUGGAGGGGCCGUACGCUGAGAUGCCCAACGAGAGCAUCACUGUGGAUGACAUGGUGUUUAAUGAGGACGAGGAACCGGUCCGAUAUGAAAUACUUCUUCAAGACAUCAGUCAGAAAGCCAGAGUGGUGUAUGUCUGCUGCAAGUGGGAGACGUUUCGUAAACUGAUGGUGGAGUUUGAGAAGUGGGGUCUUCCUAAGGAGGAAUAUGUCUUCUUCUUCAUCGAUCUGUUCGGACACAGUCUGCGGAGCCGGCCUGCCAAGCCAUGGGCACGUGGAGACGAUCAUGACAACGCAGCUAAAGAGGCAUUUAAAAACGUCAAGAUCCUGACUUACGGAGAACCUCAGAACCCUGAGUACAAAGACUUUGUGUCCAGACUGAAGGCAGACGCCAUGGACAUGUUCAACUUCACCGUGGAGGAUUCUCUGAUGAAUCUUAUUUCUGGAGCGUUCCAUGAUGGAGUCAUGCUGUACGCUCAAGCUCUGAACGAGACAAUGGAUCAGUCGGGCGUGCGGCCCCCGGGGGAUCUGGUCACUAAAAAGAUGUGGAAUCGCACCUACCACGGGGUCACUGGAGUUGUUCAGUUGGAUGAGAAUGGUGACCGGGAAAUUGAUUUCGCUCUCUGGGACAUGACCGAUACAGAUUCAGGAGUUUAUCAGAUUGUGUCCGUGUAUAAUGGCAGUCAGAAGCAGAUGAUUCCAGUGCCGGGGAUGAAGGUGCACUGGCUAAAGGGAAGCCCACCUCCAGACAUCCCACCCUGUGGCUUUAAAAAGGACAACCCCGCCUGCCUGGCAAAGACGGUCACCAUGCACCAAAUGAUCUCAAUAGUGGUGUGCUUCAUUUUCAUCAUAAUCGUGACGGUCACAGUCUUCAUCUACAGGAAGCUAAAGUUGGAGAAUGAGCUGGCCGCUCAGUUGUGGAGGGUGCAUUGGGAGGACAUACAGAUGAGUAACACUGACAAGGUGUUGCGGAGAGCCUGCAGCAGACUCACCAUGUCAUUGAGAGGCUCUAACUAUGGCUCACUGCUCACCAUGGAGGGAAACUUUCAGAUCUACGCCAAGACUGGCUACUAUAAGGGAAACAUAACAGCCAUUAAGUAUGUCAACAAAAAGCGCAUCGAGCUCACCAGGAAAGUGCUGUUUGAACUCAAACACAUGCGUGACGUUCAGAACGAACACCUGACGCGCUUCACAGGGGCCUGCAUAGAUCCACCCAACAUCUGCAUCCUCACAGAGUACUGCCCACGGGGAAGCCUGCAGGAUCUCAUGGAGAGUGAAGGGAUCACUCUGGACUGGAUGUUCCGCUAUUCUCUGAUCAAUGACAUUGUUAAGGGAAUGGCGUUCCUUCACAACAGUGUCAUCGUCUCCCACGGCAACCUGAAGUCUUCCAACUGCGUGGUAGACAGCCGCUUUGUACUGAAGAUCACAGAUUACGGUCUGGAAAGUUUCUGCAAGGAGAGCUACUUGGAAGACACGCACGCCUUCUACGCACGUAAGCUGUGGACGGCUCCUGAGCUUCUUUGCGCUGAGAACCCGCCUGCAUGCGGAACACAGAAGGGCGACGUUUACAGCUUUGGCAUCGUCUUGCAGGAACUCGCCCUACUGAAGGGUGUCUUUUAUCUGGAAGGACCUUGUCUCAGCCCCAAAGAAAUCGUCGAGCGUGUGGCGGAGGGUCGGUGGCCGUACCUGCGUCCGCUGCUGUGUGCCCAGAGCCACAGUGAUGAGAUAGGUCAGCUAAUGCAGCGAUGCUGGGCAGAAGAUGUCAACGAGAGGCCUGAUUUCGCCCAGAUUAAAGUUCUGCUCCGCAAGAACAACCGUGGCUAUGGCUCCAACAUCCUGGAUAACCUCCUGUCCCGUAUGGAGCAGUAUGCCAAUAACCUGGAGGAGCUGGUGGAGGAGAGGACGCAGGCAUAUCACGAGGAGAAACGUAAAGCUGAGGCUCUGCUCUAUCAGAUUCUUCCACACUCAGUGGCGGAGCAGCUCAAGCGAGGUGAGAUGGUCCAGGCUGAAGCCUUUGACUCGGUCACUAUCUACUUCAGCGACAUCGUGGGCUUCACUGCAUUAUCAGCCGAGAGCACGCCGAUGCAGGUGGUGACGCUGCUCAAUGAUCUGUACACUUGCUUUGAUGCGAUCAUCGACAAUUUUGAUGUUUACAAGGUGGAGACCAUCGGUGACGCAUACAUGGUGGUGUCGGGUCUCCCCAUGAGGAACGGUAAACUGCACGCCCGUGAGAUCGCCCGCAUGUCUCUGGCUCUGCUGGAAGCAGUUCACUCCUUUCAGAUCCGUCAUCGCCAAAGCCAGCAGCUACGCCUGCGCAUCGGCAUCCACAGCGGUCCCGUGUGUGCAGGGGUGGUUGGUCUGAAGAUGCCACGGUAUUGUUUGUUUGGUGAUACGGUCAACACAGCUUCACGCAUGGAAUCCAACGGAGAAGCCUUAAAGAUCCACAUGUCAGAGGCCACACAGGCCAUACUAGAGGAAUUCAACUGCUUCCAGCUGGAGCUCCGGGGAGAUGUGGAGAUGAAGGGCAAAGGAAGGAUGAGGACGUACUGGCUACUCGGAGAGAUUACCUCCAACAAUGUCUGAAAACCUGAAUAACAAGGGCAAAGCUCCCUCGAGAGGAGAGAACAAAAGAUCUGAACCGAGUGUUGAAACAAUGUAGAGACACAUUGGCCCUCUACCAAGACAAAAUGUGAAAUGAGAGAAAAUGAGAGACCGGUAUCAGAGAGGAACGAGUGGAACUCUAACACGGGUCUUUUCCAUCUUCACUUUAAGCUUCAUGUUAUCGACUCAUGGGAAUAUCACUAGGAGUGAUCUUGCCAAGUAUAUACACACAAGACAAAAACUCCACUUGAGUCAUUUGAGAAGACUGGUGACUGAAGAGGAAUAAUUGAGGACAAGAUUAUACCUGUCCUGUGUCUGACGGGCAUAUGUGAAAGAUUACGGGUUUUGUAAGAGUUUUGUAUUUAGGUGUGUUGUUACCGUUGGUAUGAUGGUAGGAGUUGUGAAAGCCAGUCGCCAGGAGUAGUUUUGAUCUGUGUUUGGCUGUUGUUUAUGUUUUUGAUCAUACAGAGACACAGUGCUGUAGUUUCUUUAGCUUGUCAGACAUGCAAAAUGUUCUCUAUUGCUCUUCGGGGAGACAGGUGAAGUCAAAGAUGUGCCAGUCUGGAUCCACAGCCAUCAGAGGAACCACAUGAACAGUAAUAUUAAUACAUGUCAAAUAGAAUUAAAGGGAUAGGAAAAUUCUGAAUUACUCAACCUCAUGUUGUUUCAAACCUGUAUAUUUUUUUGUUCCGUUGAACACAAAGAGAGACAUUUGGAAGAAUGUUGUUGAGGUGUCAUUCAAUAUUCAACAGGAAAUAAAGAUGACCACACCACACUGCCUUUUACAUAUGGGCAAAAAAAAAACGAUUCAGUGGUGAAGUAACUGAAUGUAUACGAUAAUGAAAAUAAACAGGAAACAUCUAUUAGGCAAAUAAAUAUGAUUUGUUUUGAUUUCAUGUUGUCUUUUAUAAGGUGUGUGAACACACAUGAUGGCUGUAUUUGUUAUAAACAAGAGAGGAAAUGUGAGGCCAGUUAGCAAACAACUGGUUCAAGUUUUGUCAAACCAUCAUUAGCAAAUACCAAGCAGUAUGAAAAAAAAUGUCAGGUUCUGAAUGAAAUCUUUCAUUGCUUCCCCAGCGCACUGGAAUAAAAACAUAGCGGAGUGACAGAAUGCAGUUCCACCUCAUGUCUAACAUGACGUAACAAGCAUUCUUUCCAUGACACAUGCUGUGUCAUCAGAUCUCAGACGGGUCCGAAUCUGACUGGAAUGCCUGUUACUUUUCUGUAAUCUUCCAAAUUUUGGAUCCAUUCCCAAUGCGGAUCAUCGCGCACACUUCAUCCAGAGAGUAAACAGCCCAUUUUUGUUUACAACAAUCUUCUGAUGAUAUUACAGUAAAACUUUAGUAUUCGAAUUGCUCUACAUUUUCUAAUAACCAUGAAUGUAUGUUUGGCUCAGAUGUAAAUAAAUGAGUUGUUUUGCUUCAUCCACAGCAACGCGAAACUGUCAUCCAAACUGUAGCAAUGAUGAAUGACAGCAUGUUUUAUGAGAUCUUGACUGUCUCUGUCACAAGCUUUAUUUGCUUUUCUGUUGAAUUGUUUUAUUUGUCUUAUAUGUGUGUUUUGGAUAGAGUCUGUGGGUGAUAUCGGUAUAUAUUACUACAAAGUCUUUAAAAGAAUUUGAAGAAGAUUGUGUUUUUAUGUUAUGUUAGGGAGGGCGGGACAGAUUAUGUAAAAUAAACAAUAACUUAAAAAUUCUACGGAGUCAUUUUAACAAAUUAUUGUGUUCAUUCAGCAAUGCACGGAGUAUGUACACAAGUGUAUGAUAUACAUUUUUAUAUUCGUUUGACUUAAUGUCAAUGCAUUAAUGCAAAUGAGGUUAAUACUGCUGUUAUUGUUUUUGUUCUCAUAUGUUUUCCCACCCCAUUCCUAUUUGAAGUUAAGAUGCAAAACUAAAUAAACAGAUAAAAUAACGUCAAACACUCAAAUUUUACAAAGAACAAUUUAUAAAAUGCAUCCACGUUUUUUAAUGUAAACAUGUCCAUACAUUUGCAGUUUAUUAAUGCAUUUAAUAUACUUUUCAUCAGUCCCUGGAUAUCGAACCCACAACUUUUGUACUGCAAGUUCAAUGCUCUGCCAGCUAAACUACAGAAACACCUAUACAGGUGAGGUUGUUUGUAAACACUAUAUUCUGGAAGCCUCUGAAAAAGAUCAGAGUGGCAAGAAAUACAUGAAAGAUUUCAUUUUGAUUAUAUUACUAUGAAGAGAAUAUAUAGGGAAAAUAGGCAAUGUAGGGAAACCAUAGAGAACGUAUAGUAGCAGAAAUAUAUGAGGAGUUUGUUUGCAAAAACAAA